UGAGGAACGGAAGAAUCUAAAGGGGAGGGAGAAAGUGAAUUAAUAUUAUGAUAAAUUAAUUAUUGAUAAACACAGUGCAGUGAGUGUGUUGGCAGGAAUUAUGUGCUGUUGUUUCAUGUGACUGGGUUUUAAGUUUACUGCUACAUAUGUUGAAGGUAGCUGAAAAGGAUAUGUGAGUGGAAGUCCUUUUAAUCAUCAGUGUCAGUGAAAAAUAAAAAUAUUUCCAAGUUUAUAAAAGAAUGGGUUUGAUAAUAGCAUUGCAAUAUAAAUUGAAGGUGUGUGCUUUCUUGGAAAAAUAUCUUCAGUAGUACACUUGUCUCAGAAAAUAAUAGAAACAGGAGUUCAGAAACAGAUGGAUAAAAAUACGACCAUAUCUGAAAAUGUAAUGGAAGUAGAUCCCUUUAACUGCAAGUUAUAAUGAAUAAGAUAAUAGAUGUGUAGGUAUGCAACAUAGUAGAUGGCAAAUAAAUAAAAAAAAAGAGGGCUCUUUUUUUCUUAAGAUCCUAGAAAUCUAAUAAGUCUAUUAAAUUGAAGGACCAUGUAUUCUGUAUAGUGCUCCAUUAAACUUGUAUGUAUUUGGCAGUAGAACAAAGUAUGCUCAAGAAAUGAGAGAAUCCAAAAAUUCUUGGAUGUUUUAAAAAUAACAACCUACUAAUUAGCAUUAUUUUUCCCCACAGAGAUUUAAAACACUUCGAAUAGUACACGGUGAGAGGCUACUCCAUGAUUGUUCGUUGUAGGAUUCUUAAUAUAAUCUCCGAUACUUCAGGGAGUUUUGUUGCCUUAUGUUUGGUCUUGUGUAUCCAUCAUCAAACAGUUCUUAUAUAAUAGUGAAGAAGUACCAAACAGAGACCUAAGCUGAGAAAGGUGCUUUUAGGGCUAGGCUGAUGGCUGAAUGCUGAGUUGCAAGAAGAGUGCACUUGCUUUGAGCAAAACCAGUUCUGCUCUGGGUUUUUUUUUAGCACAGUCAUCUAAUUUCACAGCUGAGUUAUCAAACUGCUAAGGAAAAGACAGUGCCAUACUUUUUUUUCCUAAACAGCAUUUGAAUUAUUUCUUGUACAAAGAUUCCCCUUCAAGAAGAAAGUCAAGGUCUGUCUUGCAGAACAGCCUAUGGCAUCACUGUUAGAACACUCUGCUGUCUUUAUCUCAAGGCUAUCACAUUGCUGUAUGCUGCUUCCACUGCCAGAGGAGCAGUUUAUGAAUGAAAACAUGAAUGAAUGUAGUUGGAUCUUAGGUUUAUAAGUGUCAAACCACUGUUUUAUACUUAAAAACUGUUUGAUCUGUAAACAUCUGGAAAGGGCUACUACCAGAAGCAAUAAUUUGCCUUUUGGACCAGGUCAGUUACUGAUGUUAGUCUGUUUGGCAGUUGUGUUGUUAUGGUCCAGUAAGGAGAGCAUAAUUAUCAAUUUACUUUUUUCAGGUGAUGCUAUUUUUAAGACAGCUAUUGAUGUGUUCAUCUUCCCAUUGAAUAGACUUCCUCUAAAUCACAAAUAGAUUUUUUUUUUUAUUUGAAAAUACAUGCCUAAGCUGAGCAUACUUGAACUGUUUAAUAAACCCAGUUCCUUCCCUUCUCUUGAGAAAUUUCUUGUGAUAUUAGUUGUAACUGAAGUAGCCUAUGACAUUAAAAUUCACCCUCAAGAAUAAAGAAAGAAUUGCUGCAAUUUCAUAGCAAAUAAAAGAAUAAAUACAGAGAACCCUCUUGAAAUUUGGGGUUUAACAGUUCCUUUCAGUAUAUGUCUUUAAAAAGCUAGAGCUAGAAAGAAAUCUUCAGCUAGAUGAAAAUUGAAUUAGUGUGUUUAUACUUGUUCUCUAAAUAUUACAGGCAUCCUGAAUUGGCUGCUAAUGACUGUUUGGCUACCUGUUCUUCUUGUAGACAAGUGUAUAUUCCUAGUAGAAGCCUCAGAGAAGAACUGAAAGUAUUGGUUUUUAGCAGGGAAUUCUACAAAAUUUUUGAAAUUAGUGUUUUGAUUCUACUUUCAUUCAACAGAGGGUUUAGCAGAGUCCUGGUUUAAGAGUAUGUGGUACUAACUCUUAUAAAAGGCAUAUUCUCAGAACAAAGAAAUGGAGGAGAUAACCUACCCACAGAUCUUGAGAGCAGCUUGAGCAUCUAUUAGAGGUUGAUGCAUUAAAAAAAGGACACCACUAUGGCUGCUACAGUGAACUUGGAGCUUGAUCCCAUUUUUCUGAAAGCCCUGGGCUUCUUGCAUUCAAAGAGUAAGGACUCUGCAGAAAAGCUGAAAGCACUUCUUGAUGAGUCUUUGGCCAGAGGAACUGAGUCAAGCUAUCGUCCAUCUCAGAAGGAAGCCGAGCAACCAAAAGUAUCUGUUACCAAACCUAUUAAGCAAGAGCCUAAAACUUCUUCUAGUUUGCCCUCUGGCAACAACAAUGGCAAGCCCACUGCAUCAGAAAAGGUGAAAAAAGAAACAGAAAAGAGAUCUGCUGAUAAAACAAAAGGGGAUACUGCUGAAGGAGCUGAUGCACCAAAGAAGCCCAAAGUAGAGAAGCAAGAGGCUCGUUCCUCUCCUAUUACAGUUCAGACGAGCAAGGAUUUAUCAAUGCCUGAUUUAUCUAGCUUUGAGGAAACCAGUGCUGAUGACUUUGCUAUGGAAAUGGGAUUGGCCUGUGUCGUUUGCAGGCAAAUGACAGUUACUUUUGUGAAUCAGCUAGUGGAGUGUCAGGAGUGCCAUAAUCUCUACCACCAGGAUUGCCAUAAACCUCAGGUGACAGACAAGGAAGUGAAUGAUCCUCGACUUGUAUGGUAUUGUGCCCGCUGUACCAGGCAGAUGAAGAGAAUGGCUCAGAAGACACAAAAGCCACCUCAAAAACCAGCUCCUGCAGUGGUUUCAGUUGCACCAGCUUUGAAGGAUCCAUUGGUCAAGAAGCCAGAAAUUAAGUUAAAACCUGAGACCCCACCAGCUUUUCUAGCAUUCAAGAGAACAGAAGUCAAGACCUCAGCAGCAGUUUCGGGGAACUCUGCCAGUACAAGUGUUUCCUCUUCAGCAACGAGCGGCCUUACAGGAUGGGCUGCUUUUGCAGCCAAAACCUCCUCUGCCAAUCCAUCAACUGCCAAACUGGGAUCAACAGCACAGAGUGCCAGUGGGAAACCGGCAGCUUCUUCAAAUAACCAGAAACCUGUGGGUUUGUCAGGGUUGGCAACUUCAAAAACAGGACUAGGGUCAAAAAUAGCUUCUGCCAACAACAGCACAAACCCUGUUCAGCUGAAACCUCCUCCACCUCUGACACUGGGGAAAACCACCCUGAGCCGCUCAGUGAGCAGCGACAACGUCAGCAAAGUGGGUCUCCCGAGUCCCAGCAGUGCCGUGCCGAGCACCAGCAGCCAGGGGAGCAGCGGGAACGGCAACAGCGGGAAUUCAGGGAACAGCGGGGGCAGCACGAGUAAAACCACCACAGAUACUGGUAAUCAGUCAGCCUCCCUAAAGGGCCCAACUUCUCAGGAAUCUCAGCUCAAUGCUAUGAAAAGGUUACAGAUGGUCAAGAAAAAGGCUGCUCAAAAGAAACUCAAGAAGUAGUACGUCUGCUUGCUAAUUUUGUUGGUUAUGUUCUAUGAAACAGCAGCAUUGGUGUUUUUGUUAAAGGAAAUCCCCCAGUUACUGGACUGAAAUGGAGGUUAAAUCAGGGAAGCCCAAAACUCAUGUUAUACAGGAGGUCAAACUUCAAUAAUUCUGGUAUUCCUUCUGCCUUGUGAACUGAGUAUGUUGGAGGAAUUCACUAUUAUAUGCUCCUGUUUCUGUAGCUCAAAGCACUGAAACUUGAAAUUGUAAAAGUUGGGUAUUUUUAAAUAUUAAAAAACCCACAUUUAUGGGGACACUUAAUAAAAUGAACUUUCUGGAACCAUCAUUCUUAAAUGUUAAUAAAUAAAAGGAUUAUUAAUCUGGGA